AUGAAAGGAGCCUGUGCCGGAGGAAAGUUCAAAAUUUCCCCUUCGAAGAGGCUAUUUAGUGUCAUGCAUGCUCACACACAGGAAUCAACAUUCACAAAUGAAAAGGAGCAGUCAAUCAACACUCAGAUCAACUGUUAUCUGAGCCAGACUUGCAAGGCAGAUGACACUGAUGUGUUGGUAUUUUGGAAAGACGUACUCUACCUGCCUUGUCUAAGAUGGCUCCGAAAUAUUUGGCUCCGAAAUAUUUGGCUGUGCCUGCAUCUUCCGCUCCCGUUGAAAGGCUUUCCAGCAUUGCUUGAAAAGAGUUUAACAACACCUGUACAUACCGCAGCUCCAGGCGAAUAUAAGCGGCCAGCUCGUUGGCCACAAGUCAGUGUGGACUGGGCCAGCGUCGGCAGCUUCUACACGGUACUUCCUCCAGCAUCAGAAGCAGAAUCAGCAGACACAACAGCGAUGGCACGGCACGCUGGAGAAUCGGCCUUGGUGGCACUGCUGGUGCUGGCGGCCGCCAUGGCACUUCCAGGCCAGGCAUAUCACCUGCUUUCGUCUGAUGGGAGCGACUCGAGCGUUAUUGAACCUCGCCAUCUCCAGAGGGCACUCGCUUGCGGAGGCAUCACAGCCAGUCCGGGGAGCGAGACCGUCCUCGGGCCAGGACAGACGGUGUGCGUGGCCUCCCCGCGCUACCCCAACAACUACCCCAAGAACUGGGACAACAACUGGACCAUCAAGGGCGCCACGCCGAAUGUGAGGCUGGAAAUCAGCUGCUCGCCCGUGGCCAUCGAGGGCAGUCCGUCCUGCACCAACGACCGCCUCGUCAUCAUGCACAAGUGCUUCUGGAGCAAGUACUGCGGGAAAAAGCGGCCUGAGACCAUCACGACGUGCGGCCCCUGGGCCAGGCUCACCUUCCGGACCAACGGCUCGGCGCAGCAAAAGGGCUUCUACUGCACCGUCACGGCCUCAGAACGUACGUGCAGCAGCUCCGCCCUUCCCGGCAGCGCCCUGGGGCCGGCGUGA